GAAAAGUUUCAGCCCCGCCAAAUCCUUCCCUGGCAAAGCAAUGGCCGGCCCUGUCCUUGAGACCGCGCCCGUUCUCUCCACGCCGGAAACACAUGUCUUCGAAGACCCUACCCCUCCUGUCGAUGUAUCGAGCCUCCCGCGGCUGUCGGACGAGCAGCUCGCGCUCACGUAUGAGAUCGAACGCACCGUCAGGGAAAUAAGAGAAGGAAGAUGGAACAGGAUAGCGCUCCAGUUUCCGGACCAGAUGCUGGUGGAUGCGCCGAGGGUGUAUGAGGCGUUGGGAAGAGGGCUGAAGAGUACUCGCAAAGCUCGCAACAAGGUCUCGAAAGAGGGACAGAGUGGGACGACCGCGGAGGAACAGGUGGCUGCAAAGUUGGAGGAUGCUACUAUAAAUGAAGAGGACUCUACUGAAGAAAGUCUAUUCAUAUUGGCAGAUACGUCUUACGGCGCUUGCUGCGUGGAUGAGGUCGCGGCCGAGCAUGUCGACGCAGACGUCGUGGUGCAUUAUGGCAGAUCGUGUCUCUCGCCUCCCUCGAGACUACCGGUUAUAUACGUUUUCACGGAGAGGCCGCUGGAUCUGGAAUCGGUAAUAUCGACGUUCAAACAAACGUAUUCGGAUAAGGCGCAGAAGGUCAUCCUCAUGGCAGACAUACCAUACUCCCACCAUAUACCCACGUUUCACGCACGGUUGAACGACGACGGAUAUACGAACACCUACGCAACGGAGAUAGUCCACAAUCCCUCCUCGCUCCUCCCGAACCGGACUAGCCCCCCAGAAGCUUCAGAUUCGAAAGAAGCGCUCCGCGACUACCGCCUCUUCCACAUCUCCGACCCGCCACGCUCCCUCCUCCUCACACUCUCCUCGCGCGUAGCAUCCAUCCACAUCUAUCCCACCGACUCAUCAUCUCCGCCGACUGCGACUCUUGCUUCAACCGCUAUGACGCUCAGCCGACGCUAUGCCCUGCUCACCUCGCUCACUGCCGCCUCCGUCUUCGGAAUCCUCAUCAAUACAUUAUCCGUCAAGAACUACAUGCACAUUCUCUCCCACGUGCAGCACCAAAUUACCGCCGCAGGCAAGAAGUAUUACACCUUCGUCGUUGGCAAAGUCAACCCCGCCAAAGUGGCCAAUUUUAGUGAAGUGGGCGGAUGGGUCGUAAUUGGAUGCUGGGAAAGCAGUCUGAUCGAGAGUAAAGAAUUCUGGAAACCAAUUAUCACCCCUUUCGAGUUGGACUUGGCAUUACAGGGUGAUGAGGAGAGGGUAUGGACAGGCGAGUGGACGGGCGACUUCCAGGCCGUGCUUGAGGAGAAGGAUAAGAAACCCACGAAGAUCACGAAAGGCACGCAUAAAGGAGAGUUGCAGGAGGGACAUGGGGCCAACGGCACCGGCGACUACGACUCCGAAGAAGAAUCUGCGCCUCCCGAAUUCGAUCUCCGCACCGGCCGCUACGUCUCGCACUCGCGUCCUAUGCGCCCCGCGACCACUUCCCACCAACCCACAGUCCGCCUUGAAAACGGGAAACCGGCUCAAAGUAGCACCGCGCUGACCAAGCGAGCAAAUGGCGACCUAGCGCAGGUCGGAGGCGUUAUGAGCCCUGGGGCUGAGUUCCUGCGCUCGCAGCGCACAUGGCAGGGACUAGGGAGCGAUUAUCGGACCGAGGAAGACGAGAAUCCGAAUGUCGUUAGAAAUGCGGCGAAGAUGGAGGAGGGGCGGAGUGGAAUUGCAAGGGGGUACGUUGUAGGUGAAGAGGGGACGGUGCAUUGAGCAAGGUAGCCAAAAGAACCCAGCGCUUGGACAGAGCAAACCCAAACCCAGAAUACAAGAAUGCUCUUCAUCUACUGGAAGGGAG